AAAAGGCAGGGCGCUUCAUCCUUGGCGGAGCCCCCGAGUGACAGCGCGGCCGGGCUGCUGCCUCUGGGAUGAUCAAAACUGCCCGGAAAGCUAAGUGGCUGUGUUCGCCUUUGGAGGGGGACAGUGCGGCCGAUCAGUACCCAGGACAGUACCAGUUGGAGGCAGUCGGAGCCGGUGCCAAACGUGAGGAGAGGUCACGGCAGAUUGUGUGUUAAUGCUCAGAGCACAGAGGCAAUCUGACUGGCUACUUGUAAGCUGCACAUUCUGCCUCUCUCUCACAUUCACUCACUCACACUCAUCCAGUCACUGAAACUCAUCGCGGAGAUGAGCCGUCGCCAGUUCAGCUCCGGCUGAGAGAAUUGAAGUUUUUCCUUUUUUAAAGAAGAAUACAUAUAAUUCAGUCAAUAUUUACAGCUUCAUGUCGGCGUGUAUCCACGGGAACAUACGGAUGCCAUGGUCACCUCUGUUACGAUUUUACAGGUGAACAAAGUAAUGUCUGUCCUCUUUUACGGCAUGCUUCUCACUUAUCUCAGUGGCAUCCAGGCUGCAACCAUGGACAAGAGAGGUUCGUCCGAGGACUCUGUGAACUCACUCAUCAUCAAAAUCCUCCAGGCGGACAUCCUGAAAGGCCGACUCUCCAAGCAGAGUGAGGAACUGAAGGAGAAGUAUCAGGGCACCAAAGAGAAGGGUGACACCCAGAGCGAUACGGACUCAGUGGGGAAUACGAUAUCUGACUUCCAGCCGAUCGUCUCGGUUAAUGCUGAGUUACUAAGGCAGAAGAAGCGCUACCAUUCACCCAGAGUGCUGCUGAGCGAUCGGCCACCUUUGCAGCCGCCCCCUUUGUACUUAAUUGAGGAUUUUGCAGAGAGUUUGGAGAUGGACAACAGAACAGCAAGGCGGAAGCGAUAUGCAGACCGCAGGGGGCAUCGCGGCGAAUACUCUGUGUGUGAUAGUGAGAGCCGCUGGGUGACGGACAAAACAGCGGCGAUCGACAUCCGAGGGAAGCAGGUGACCGUCCUAGGAGAGAUUAAAACCGGCAACUCUGCCAUCAAACAAUAUUUUUACGAGACGCGGUGCAGAGAAGCGAAACCGGUCAAGAAUGGCUGCAGGGGCAUUGAUGACAAACAUUGGAAUUCGCAAUGUAAAACCAGCCAGACCUACGUUAGGGCACUGAGCACUGAGAACAAUAAAUAUGUAGGCUGGAGGUGGAUUAGGAUAGACACCUCCUGCCUCUGUGCAUUAUCCAGAAAACUAGGCAAAUCGUGAUUCCUCGCCCCAUCCCCUUCUCCUCUUUCUAUGUGAAUAUAUAAAUUAUUACUUUAAAUUAUGUGACUUUGCAUGUAGCAUAUGAAUGUUUAUAUUAUAGUAUAGUUCACGAUUUUUAUUUAUUAACAAAAAGGUCAACUCAUCAGACAAAAAAAAUGCUUCUUACAACUCGCCAAAACAAGAUAGCAAAGUUGUGCCUUGCUUCCAGCAUCAUUAAAAGUCGUCGGACCAGUGUUGUUGUGCAUUAGUAACUGGUCCAAGGGUUUACCUCCCAUGAUUAUUUCCUCGCAGCUACUUGUUGAAGUCAGUAUUGUUGUCAGUGAUUUAUAAAUGGGAUUUGGGAAGGCACAUGUAAAACCCAACCACAAGCCACGGCUGCCAGUCUUGAAAGUGCACGUCUAUCCUUAACAGCACGGUGAAUGACAUUUGCUGUGAGACUGAGAGAAGGAAGCUAGAUCAGAGGGAAUGCUGGCAACACCAUCUGUGCAGAUAAAGCUCUUCCAUAUGUUUCACUCAUUCCCCAAGAGCUGCUCUUUCUGGAAAUAAGAUCUUUGCAGCAUUGGAGAAAAGACUGCUGUGAGAGAUUUCUCUUUCUCUCUCUCGUUCCCUCCUACCGGUACUAUUUUAAAAUUACUCUGCACAGCAACCGAGUUCAUUUUUUUAAUGUUUGCUGUAUUCACUAAAUUAGACCCUUGUUCUAAUAAAUCCUCUUCAAACUGGAAGACUCCAUUAGCCAGAAUUAUAUCUGGAGAGAACUGAAUUCCAUUUUCUUCUUUUGUCAAUUCCCUUUAUUUUACUGUACAACAAAUUUAGCCAGCCUGUGAGUGCCCCCAUUAAUUAUGCUAGAAUGGGGAAAAGAAACUUCUCUGUGGUGCUAUGCAUUUGAAUACUUUUCCUUUUGCAAAAAAGUUCAAUACUUGCCAAUGAAUUGUCCAAUGAAGCUCUUGGUUGUGGAACAAAGUAAAAAUUUCCUAUUAUGUGUCAGAAUGUUAGCUGACUUAUAACACCAAAAUGGUGAUUUCUCUUUCCCACUCAUGUCUGAACUAUCAUAAUCAGGUUUACAUUCCAUGUAAUUUGAACUUCUGCCAAGCAUCCAGUGUUACAGUCUCUUACUACAAGAUCUCUAAAAAAAAUUAACUCCUUUAAGAGAUAGUAGGAACUGCAGAUGCUGGAGAAUCUGAGAUAACAAGGUGUAGAGCUGAAAGGCUGACGUUUUCCAGCCUAGACCCUUCUUCAGAAAAUCAUUUAGACCCGAAAUGUCAGUCUUCCUGCUCCUCUGAUGCUGCUUGGCCUGCUGUGUUCAUCCAUCUGUACACUUUGUUAACUGUUCUUUAAAUAAUAAUUAUGGCCUGGAGAUUUUUGUGGGAAAUGUUACCUUCUCAAAUUCCUCCCGCAGAAAAAUGCAAUCAAAACCUACCAUAGGAGGCACAUGUAUUCUCCCCUCACAUUAGAGCAGACUGACUGUGGCUGCUGAAAGUAAAAUGGAUUUUGUUUAAGACAAUACGAUGACUUAACUUUGAUCCUAGGAUCUCUCGGUCAAGCACAAACGCCAGAUGCCAGUGAAUGCCUACCUUUACAAAUAAAAGAAUUCUACGUGCAUGCAAUAGAAUGGUUCCUUAAUGGAUGAUUAUGCAGUGCCAGCUUUGCCUGGUGAAGCACUGAAAACACCACACUGAAAAUGUGAAGAGUGUAUCUAUUAGUUCAGCUUGUGUGGUUAAACUGUACUCUUCAUCAACACACAUUAUCACUAAACUAAUAACUGGAAUGAGUAGAUUGCCAUAUGAGGAAAGGCUAGACAGGCUAAGAGUUUAGAAGAUUCAGAGCUGAUUUAAUUGAAACAUACAAGAUCCUGACAGAUCCUGACCAGGAGGUAGUUGAAAGGAUGUUUACUUGUGGGAGAAUCUAGAACUAGGGGUCAUAAUUUAAUAAUAAGACAUUAAAGAGAAAUGAGGGCAAAAAGAAAUUCUGAGGGUUCCGAGUCUUUGGAAUCCCCUCCCUCAAAAGGCAAUGGAUGUAGAAUCUUUAAAUUUGUUUAAGGGAGAGGUAGAUAAAUUCUUGAUUAUCUAGGAGAUGAAAGAUUAUUAAGGAUAUGCAGGAAUGUAGAAUUGAGGUAAAAAUCAAUUAAGCCACAAUCUUGUUGAAUGAUGGAGCAGGCUGAUAGGGCCCACUGGUCUACUCUUGUUCCUUGUUUGCAUGUUCGAGCAAAGUGGAGGAAUCAAACAUUGCUGUGGAUAUAUGUUGAAUUAUGUCUCAACUCAGCGCUCAAUCUUAAACUUCAAACAUCGCCCUUAAGCAGAGUCAGUAUAAAAGAUGACCAAACUAUAUAUAACUUGACACAGCUCACUGUUUGUUGGCUUGUUUCUUAGGUCGAUUCCCCACUGAAGAAUUUAGUAACUGAGAUCAGGAAGAUUCUAGAAUAGGCUGAGGCAUUGUUUCAAGUUACUUGUUCUUCAGUAUGGAUGGAACAAAUCCAUGAAAAACUUGGCUAUUGGUUUUCAGAGAUAUCAGGGGAUAGACAGAAUUGCUGAGUUCCUUUCGGAAAUGACUACUAAUAUCACAUCAAAUAGUGUAGAUGACAAUUUUUGAAUAAUUGUUGCAGCCAAUUUUUUUAAUACAUUCAAUAUGUCUCUUCUAAAUCAGAGUGAACCAUCCUUAAGUAAAAACAGAAAAUUUUGGAAAUACUCAGUGAUUUGGCAGCAUACUCUGCCCGACUUACUGCGUGUUUCCAUCAUUACUGUUUUUACUACAGCUAUCCAGCAUCUGUAGUCUUUACUUUUGAAUAAAGCAUUCGUCUGUGUUUUCUGUUCUUUCCCAAGUUCCAGUUUCCCCCUACUAUAGACAUUGGUACCAGUCCUGGGUCAAGGUCAGAGGAAAUAUGUCAAAUUUGGAUCUGUGGUUGCCCUCUCACCUUCAUGUCCCCAAGAUCAGGAGUUGAAGUUCCAAUCCAGAAACUUGAACACAUCAUCUGGGUUGAAAUUUCAAUGCACUGGGAGAGAGUGUUGCUAAAUGUAACUCUUGUAAUGUGACUACACAACAGACACAGGCAAGACUUACAGUGAUUUCAAGGUGGUUGUAAUUCUUAACUUCUUCCAUGAGUAAUAACCUGAGUGUUUCAUGUAAAAUGAUUUUUCUAUAAGGUGAAUAGAUUUUGCAGAUAUAAAAAUGGGGAAGUUUAAGUGUACCACAGUAAACUAUAAAAGCACAGUUACUCAGUCUCUUGAGUUCACCAUGUUGUGAGGGUCCAAAUGCAAGAUCUGAUUCACUGUUUUAUUUACUUCCUUCCUGACCACUAACCCCAUAUUUCCUGUUAAAUUAUGAGCCUGACCAUUCUUCCAGCAUUUCAGAUGAGUAUGAGAUUUCACUCUCAUAACUAUUUUACAUCAACAAAGGCAGAAGUAAAAACAUUUAGUUGUACCUAAACUUCGGAAGAAAAUUUCCUGCAGAUGUCACAAGCCUAUGGCCAUUGGUCAUUAAUGGGUUUAUAGCCCUGUUUAAUAGAAUCAGCUUCUACAUGGAUACAAUUGCUUUAGUAUAGAGUUUGGAAAAGGAAUAUUUCUUUAAGGCAGAUUUAUACACUACAGAAAUGGCUGACAAUACAGUAAGGCAGCAUGACUUAGUACCAGCAUGUAGAACUAGGUGCCAUAGGUUCACAUCUUUUAACACCAUGCUCUUAAUCUCAAACACAUCUUUGUAAAGAGCUGCUGAGCAGAGACAGGCAUUCCCCUGUGUAGCUGAGAAGUUUCCUUGAAUCUAUCACCAGAUCAUUCUUCAAUACCCCUUCAAUCCACUUCAUAACAGAUUUUGCACAGAGGAGAGAACACAUUAUUUAUCAUUGGGACAUAGUUUGAAAGAUCAGGGAAUGUGUUAAAAAUACACUGAUUAGAAGGCAUUUGACACCAGUGAAAGAACUGGUUGAGGUGAUAGUUUUGAUAUAACCACUGUUAAUUACUACGGACUAAUGAUUUUGGUGCAUUUGAUCAUCAAACACAGACAGGACCACUAGAGUGCAGCAUUUCUCUAGCUUUGGGCAAUGGACAAGUUGUUCAGAACCUCGAGGGGCUUUUCCAUUCCUAUUACCAGGAACUUGCAAAUCACUUAGCUGUACAAAAUUCAAUUCCUGUUUAAUUUAUCAACUUGGACAACAUUCUUCAGUUUUUCAGAUUUGUAAAUUGCCACAAAGCUGAUUUUCAUAAACUAAAGGAUAUUUCAAUCAAAUGAAGAAAUUUAGUUGGCAACAAUAAGAUCAUGGAAAAAGCCAUUAAAUGAUCAUAUGAUGUGCACGUUUUUCAAUAGCAUUCUCUUAAUAAGCACAUGUAUUGCUUAAAUUUUACUGUACUUGAUUCCCUUGUGAGCUAAAUGUAAACCAUUGUACAUGGAGAUCAAGAGAUGUGAUGAAGUGAGUUCCAUGUGAUUCAGGUAUCAUUGAUAUAGCAGAAGCUAAGGGAUUUAUGAAUCUAAUCUGAAUUCAAAUUCAUUUUUUUCUUUAUAAUACCAAGUAUUUUUUGUUGACAGAAGAGCUCUGCUCUUCAGGUAUUCCAGUGUGAGUUUAUAAAUAAUUUCCUUUUCCAUUGACAAUCAUUUGCAGUCCAGUCAGCUACUUUACCAUUCAAAUCUGUGUUAUUUGCAAGGGUAUAUUUUUUACUAGAAUACUUGACCAUGAUUGUAAUGUAACCUUAUGACAAAAAGCUGUAAUUUUACUGGGGUGCUCCCUCACUAGUAUAUAAUAGCCUUUAAUAAUUCAUGCAACCAUAACCACAGAGCAAUUGUACAUUAUCAUAGGACAAAAUGUAGGUUGAAUACAAUGAGAAGGAUAAUUAUUGAAUUUUACCUCAACGAGACUGGCAAUGUGAUGUCACCCAUUUAAUGCCCCAAAUGAGUACAAAAUUCAGCCUUGCUACACUAUUGUCGAGGAAUUGCCAAAAACGACAAAUACUUCUGUUACAUUCUUUGCACAUGUAGCCGCACCUGUACAUUUAAGGAAAAAUCUUUGGAACUUUAAUUUAUUUAAUCAAUUAGUAAACCAAGACCUUUUUCUUAAAAACUGCUUAUUUGUGUUGCAUUUUGGUCCAUUAACCAUUGCAGAAUUAAUAUUAAAGCAAAAUGAAUAACUGUUUAAAUCCAAAACUUGCUGGUCACUUUUGAAAUGACUUUAGAUUCUCUUUAUCGAACAUAAUAAAAUUUAAAAUGGAGCAUGGCUCAGAACACUUCUUUGGAAAGUUUCUUUUUACACUGUUCUGUAACAUUCCACAAUAUACAAACAAACACAUCAUUUUAUUGACAAUGAAUUAAUGUGUUAACUUUUACUUUUUUCCAAAAAUCAUGAUUGGUAUUCUCUUAAUGAGUAAAUUGGUCAAAGAAUGUGGUCUGCUGUGUAGAAAUUUAGUUUAAUCCCGAUACAGUAAUCCCGCUGAAAAAAUUCAAAUUGUUUAAGUGCAAAAUAAUAAAGAAGUAUGUAAAUAGCUUUUAUUAAAAUUGUAAUUUAUUUUUUCAGUGUCUGGAGAAACUGAAAGCCUUUAUUUUAGUACAGAAGUUGUAUGUUCUCUAUUUUGUAUGUAUUGCCUGCUUGCAGUUGUUUUCCUGAUUUGUAACAUGUAAUAAAGUAUCACUUGUAAUGUGAGCCUGAAAGAAGCUUGGCAUUCAUGAUGAAGCAUUGUGGAGUACGAAACAUAGGUACCAAGACCUCUGCUUAAAAAAAACAAGUGAAGUAAUGGCACAUCUUGUUUAUAAUCAAUGUUCUUCUAUUUAAGAAAUUAAGACUUGGUUGUGAUGUUUAUGGAAAAUAUGCACCUUUAGCCCAAUUGCUGUACAAAAAGCCAAAUGUCAGUACCUCGUGUAACUUUGAAAACAAAUAGCAUCCUGGUAUUGGUGUACUGUCUAUUGGUCUACUCCAAGUAA